CUUCCCUCCUCCGCCUUCCUCCCUUUCGCCUGGGCUGCCUGCCUCAGAAUUGGGGACCCAGGAGGGUGCAGGACGCCUGGUCUGUCCUGUGGGUCCUGGACGGAGCCGCUACCUCCGCAAAGAUGACUUGGAGACAGGCCGUCCUGCUGUCUUGCUUCUCCGCCGUGGUGCUCCUGUCUAUGCUAAGAGAGGGAAUCAGUGCAUCUGUGGGCACCAUGCAAGCAGCAGAAGAGGCGAGUGAAGAUGCAAAACAGAAGAUUUUCAUGCAGGAAUCAGAUGCCUCGAAUUUCCUCAAGAGGCGCGGCAAGCGGUCCCCCAAGUCCCGAGAUGAGGUCAAUGCGGAAAACAGGCAGAAGCUUCGGGCUGAUGAGCUGCGGAGAGAAUAUUACGAGGAACAAAGGAAUGAAUUUGAGAACUUCGUGGAGGAACAAAACGAUGAGCAGGAAGAGAGGAGCCGGGAGGCUGUGGAGCAGUGGCGCCAGUGGCACUAUGACGGCCUGCACCCAUCCUAUCUCUACAACCGCCACCACAUCUGAUCCCAUCCUGAAGCCAGCCAAGAAGACGAAGCUUGUAGCACCAUUGGCAUCCCCGUGUUCCAGCAAUCUUUCCCAUGCAAACCGGCCCUUCAGAGGGUCUCAGCUUGGGGUCUGCAGUGGCCAGCAGCUCUGGAAAAGACGCAUGCCUUUCCUUCCAGUGUAUGAAAGUGUCCUGACUUUCACCUCUUUGCAGACCAUCUUCUGAGGUGAGCAACUGCCUGCAAGGCCUCCUAGCACCAAACCUACAGUGGCUUCCCCUGGCUUCGUUCCCAAGCAAAAGAAUCACAGUCAAGAAUCACAUGUUUGCUUAUGGCUUACAAAUAAAAAUGCUGAAUCAAC